UUCGACCCCACGAGUUCGGUUUUCUGGAUCCGUCAUUGAUAGCAAUGGUAAUGGACUCCUGGUUGUAUUGUGGUUUAAGCACAUACAUAAGAUAUACUUACAUCCUUUACCAAUUGAUCAAGUAAGGAUUAAAGUAAUUAAAGUGAUGUGUCUACUUCUGAAAGCUUCUCCCUUAUAUUGAUGAUGACCUAUCCUCUCCCUCUUUCCUCACUCUCUCUCUCCUCUCUCAUAAAUCUCCAUUAAGAAUCCAUCCCCCCACUGUUUUGGACGUGAAUUUGAGAACACAUCACAGCGUUUCUCCAACCCAGAAAUCCAUUUCUUCUUCCUUUCUGCCAUACACCCCAUACCCUCUCACACAACUCGCUUACACCCACUAAUCCCCCUUCCCUUAAACCCUAAUUCCGGCGCGUAUAAAUGGAAGCCCUAAAUCCCCCAAUCCCACCACCAUUCCAUGCACAUGCAUCCCAAUUAACACCACCACCACCAUGUCUCAAUCCGCCGCCGCCAAUUCCCCUCCCUCCGGCCGCCACCCCGUCUACCGCGGCGUCCGGAGACGAAAGAGCAGCGGCAAGUGGGUCUCCGAGAUCCGCGAGCCGCGGACCCCGAACCGCAUCUGGCUCGGCACCUUCCCCACCCCCGAGAUGGCGGCCGCUGCCUACGACGUGGCCGCCCUCGCCCUCAAGGGAAGGGAGGCCGAGCUCAAUUUCCCGGACACGGCCGGGACCCUCCCCGUCCCGGCCUCCACUUCCCCCCGGGACAUCCAGGCCGCGGCAGCCUCUGCGGCCGCCGCGGCUGGGGCUGCCCGCGACGCUGCUGCAGCAGCAGCAACGCGGGCAGCCCCGGAUUUUCCCGAGGGGAAUGGGGAGUUUGUGGAUGAGGAUUUGAUAUUUGAUAUGCCUAAUGUUUUGGUGAACAUGGCUCAUGGGAUGAUGAUCAGCCCUCCUCGGAUGGAAUCCACCGCCGCCGUCGCUGAUGAAGAUGAGUAUUUUGGGGAGGAUCAGAAUCUGUGGAAUUAUCACAACUGAAUAAGUUAUUAUGUGUAAGUGAGAAUUAUGUAAAAUAUAAUUAUUGUGUGUGUGUGUGUGUGUGUAGAAAUGCAAUUGAAAUGCAGGAUGAAAGAGUGUGUUUCACGUUCUUUGUUUUGUGUUGCUUGCAAAGGAAUUUUCUACCCUAUUUUUUCACUUUUGUAGAAGGCUUUGUGAAUAAAAUCUGUGUUUACAUAA